UUGCGGCCAAGUGGCGCUGGGGGCGGGGGGUGCCACGGCUAUGUCCGGAGGCUGGGACUACUCUGGGUUGGGCGAGACAGUUGCUGUGCUUUGCUUUGCUAUGCUUUGUUAUGGCUGUGACGGAGAUUACUGUAUUGUCUUUGGUACGAGAUGAGGGAGGCUCUUCAUAAACUUCAAGUUUGUGGAUACUGCAAUGCAAUGGAAGUAGUGGUGAUGGUUUCUUCUUCUUCCUCUUCUUCUUAGAGUGUUCCAUGUGCAGUUUUUCUGGAGUUAUGUAGGCCCAAUUCCCAGUUUCAUUCGAAGCUUUCUCAAGAUUUCUCAGAGAAUUGUAGAACCAACUCCCGGAGUGUUUGUUUUAGUUCAUAGUAAUUAAUCAACAAGAGUGAGCUCUAUUUGUGUAUAUGUGUAUAUAUAUAUAUAUAUAUAUAUAUAUAUCUCUCUGAAAUCCUUCCGAGAGAAGUUGCAGUGAGGAAGAAAAUUUUAGGGUUGUGGGGGUGUUGCAGUGACUGCCAAUUAUGGCCUUUCGGGCGCCGGGGAGCCCUGAAUCGUUACUUCGGAGGGCGUUGUCUGUGGUUAACCACGUCUGUCUAUCGGGAAGAGACCACUUCGUAGCUCCUUCGCUGAUCCUGCCACCGGGUUUCAGUUCUGGUCCUGGUCCUGGUCCUGGUCCCACUGGGUUACUCACCUCCCCUGCCGCUGCUGCGUUGCAAUUUCCGAAGCAAGGUGCUGACAAAAGCGUUUGUAGUAGGGAGUUUUCUUCGAGUGGCGGAAGUAUCAAGGCUACUUUGUUUCCGGGUGAUGGAAUUGGUCCCGAGAUUGCGGAAUCAGUGAAGAAGAUUUUUGAUGCCGUGAAAGUGCAAGUCGAAUGGGAUGUUCACUUCGUAGGCAAGACAGUGGAUCCCAAGACAGGAAGCUACAUCACAUGGGAUAGCAUGGAGUCAGUGAGACAGUGCGGGAUCGGUCUGAAGGGGCCCAUGGCCACUCCCAUUGGUAAAGGUCAUAAGUCCUUGAACUUGACCUUACGAAAAGAGCUCGGGUUGUAUGCUAAUGUGCGGCCAUGCUUAAGCAUUCCUGGCUACAAAACACGCUACGAUAACGUGGACCUUAUCACCAUUCGUGAAAACACAGAGGGCGAGUACAGUGGCUUAGAGCACCAGGUAGUGAAAGGUGUUGUGGAGAGCUUGAAGAUCAUCACCCACAAUGCAAGCAAACGCAUUGCUGAGUAUGCCUUCCACUAUGCCAAACUUCAUGGUAGAAAACGGGUUUCAGCCAUUCAUAAAGCCAAUAUCAUGAAGAAAACUGAUGGUCUGUUCCUUCAGUGUUGUAGAGAGGUAGCCGAGAAGUAUUCUGAUAUCGUCUAUGAGGAGGUCAUCAUCGACAAUUGUUGCAUGAUGUUGGUAAAAAAUCCGGGACUCUUCGAUGUCUUGGUGAUGCCUAAUUUAUAUGGAGACAUUAUCAGUGAUCUCUGUGCUGGUCUGAUUGGAGGGUUGGGUUUGACACCAAGUGGUAACAUUGGAGAUAAGGGACUGGCACUCAUGGAAGCUGUGCAUGGUACUGCCCCAGACAUUGCUGGGAAGAACUUGGCAAACCCUACAGCCAUUUUGUUGAGCGCAGUGAUGAUGCUCCAACAUCUGAAGCUGGACGAAUCUGCAGAACUGAUUCACAAGUCUGUUUUGAAGACCAUCGCUGAGGAAAAGUGCCUAACAGGUGAUCUAGGAGGUUCCGCCACCUGCAGCGACUACACGAAGGCAAUCAUCGACAACCUUGGGGGAUAGACAUAAGGUUGAAACUUCUAAAAGAGCGAGACUUUCGCAGCGCCUCAUGUCGUUCCCAACCAACGGUGACAAAAAAUAGAUAAAUCAGGGCGUCUAAACAUUGGAACGUAUUAUCAGUGGAGUCUUCAUGUAAAAUUUUGACGAAGAUAUUGUUCAAAAGUCGGUUCAUCAUGCAUAUAGUUGGAAUCCUAUAGAGAUUUUAGUAGCAAUUUGCUGUUUAUUUCGUCUUUGAGAGGUUUGAAUACUACUAGAGCAGCACACCGCUACUCCGUUCAAGACUCACCUAGACGGCUCGUGCAAUCCCUCGAUGAUGUGCGUGGGAGUUCUUAGAACUUCUGCUUAUUUGGUUGCUUUUGAAAUGGGUCAAGUUGGUGAUGAGGCUCGAUGGUUUAGCCGAUCUGGCACUUAUAGAAGAAACAGAAGGUGAUGAAAUGCAUCUUUUGUGAGGAUGAGAUCUCCUGGAGGAGAACCCAAGAAUGUACGCUCAAAAAUCAACACACUUCAAUUUGGUGUGUACGAAACGGAUUGUCUCCAAAGUUAGUUGUGCUCGCCGCUAAGCUACGAGUGAAAAUAUCACUAAUAUUUGUGAUAAAUAGCGAGUAAAUGUUGUAAUAUUCA